GGCGGCGUGCUGUGGCCACACGGUACUGGGGUUUCUGAGGGUUUCAGACGGGAAACGAGCUCAGAGAUCGGGCUCUCAGGGAAAACUGGCGAUGUUGGAUGUAAUCGAUCGAGCUUGUAGCUGAUCACGGCGGCUUGACGUGAGCUGCUUCAGAUCAGGAAGGUGUUAUUUAGGAGGAUUUCGCUGAUCUAGUUGAAUGGGCGUUUCUUUAACGUAGAGGGGAAGGGGGUUUGGUCUAUGCCUGUAGACUGUGUUUAUUAUUUAUAUGACCAGCUAUUCUACUGCAGUAGUAAACCCUGCACUUGUAGUCUGCUUGUCUGCUACCUGUAAGUAUGUAGUACUCGACGUUUCCGCUUUGUGUCCUAAUUAUUUUAGCGUGGUUUAAACGCUGCUUAUGGAUUAGUGUUAACUCGGGGACUGAUUUAGCAGCUGCGCUUUGCCACUAGCAGGCAACAACCUGGCACUCUGAAAAAAAAUAAAUAAAUAAAAAUGCCGUCUUCGGAGGAAGGUUUAUCCGGAGGUGACGUGGUUACUGUCAAACACGAGCUCAGAAACGCUAACCUGACGGGUCAUGUGGAACGUGUAGGCAUUGAGAAUUUCGAGCUGCUGAAGGUUCUAGGUACAGGAGCGUAUGGAAAAGUGUUCUUGGUGCGAAAAGUCAGCGGACAUGACUCGGGCAAGCUGUACGCCAUGAAGGUGCUGAAAAAAGCCACCAUCGUGCAGAAGGCGAAAACAGCAGAGCACACGCGUACAGAGAGGCAGGUGCUGGAACAUAUCAGACAGUCACCAUUUCUCGUCACCCUGCACUAUGCCUUCCAGACAGACACCAAGCUUCACCUUAUUUUAGAUUAUGUGAAUGGGGGAGAGCUCUUCACCCACUUGGUGCAAAGGGUCCAUUUCAAAGAGCAGGAGGUCGCUUUGUACAGCGGAGAGAUCGUCUUGGCACUGGAACACUUGCAUCAGCUCGGGAUCGUCUACAGAGACUUAAAACUGGAGAAUAUUCUUCUGGACUCAAUAGGUCACAUUGUCCUGACAGACUUUGGACUUAGCAAAGAAUUUGAUGAGCUAGAGAGGGCUUACUCCGUGUGUGGCACAAUUGAAUACAUGGCCCCUGAGAUUGUAGAAGGUGGAGAAUCAGGACAUGACAAGGCAGUGGACUGGUGGAGUCUGGGGGUGCUGAUGUAUGAGCUCCUGACUGGUGGCUCUCCUUUCACUGUGGAUGGAGAUGAGAACUCCCACUCUGAUAUAGCUAAGAGAAUUUUGAAGAAGGAUCCUCCAUACCCCAAAGACAUGGGGCCCCUUGCCAAAGACAUCAUUCAACGGCUCCUCAUUAAGGACCCAAAGAAAAGGCUAGGUUCUGGGCCUUCCGGGGCUCAGAAUGUAAAGAGCCACGCAUUUUACCAGAAAAUGAACUGGGAGGAUCUGGCUGCCAAGAAGGUCCCAGCUCCCUUUAAGCCAGUCAUCCGAGAUGAACUAGACGUGAGUAACUUUGCGGAAGAGUUCACAGAGAUGGAUCCUACUUACUCUCCUGCUGCACUGCCUCAGAACUGCGACCGCAUUUUCCAGGGAUACUCCUUCAUAGCUCCCUCUAUCCUGUUCAAGAGGAAUGUGGUGAUGGAUGAUCCAGUUCAGCUGUGUGGUGAAGUGGAGAGGCCAGGACCUGCUGCAGUUGAACGUAGUGCCAUGAUGAAGGACUCCCCUUUCUACAUGAAUUAUGAGAUGGACCUGAAGGAGACAGCACUCGGAGAAGGAAGCUUCUCUAUCUGCAGGCAGUGCACACACAAGAAGAGUGAACAAAAAUAUGCAGUAAAGAUUGUCAGUAAAAGAAUGGAGGCACAGACACAGAAAGAGAUAGCCGCUCUCAAGCUAUGUGAUGGACACCCCAACAUAAUCAAGCUUCAUGAGAUUUACCAUGAUCAGCUGCAUACGUAUCUGGUUCUGGAGCUGCUGCGUGGUGGAGAGCUCCUGGAGCGGAUCCGGAGGAAGCAACACUUCAGUGAGACAGAAGCAAGCCGCAUCAUGCGGAGGCUGGUGUCCGCUGUGAGCCACAUGCACGACGUAGGUGUGGUGCAUCGAGACCUUAAACCAGAGAAUCUGCUAUUCACUGAUGAAACCGAGAACUCAGAAAUAAAAAUAAUCGAUUUUGGCUUCGCUCGGCUCAAGCCUCCUGACAACCAGCUUCUGAAGACGCCCUGCUUCACCCUACAGUACGCCGCCCCUGAGAUCCUCAAAUACAACGGUUAUGAUGAGUCAUGUGACCUCUGGAGUCUUGGAGUCAUACUGUACACCAUGCUGUCUGGGCAGGUGCCCUUUCAGUGUCAGGAGAAGAGCCUAACGCACACGAGUGCAGAGGAGAUCAUGAAGAAGAUCAAACAAGGAGACUUCUCUUUCCAGGGAGAGGCAUGGAGGAAUGUGUCCCAGCAGGCCAAGGAUCUCAUUCAGGAGCUCCUGACAGUAGACCCAAACAAGAGGAUAAAGAUGUGUGAGCUGCGCUAUAACACAUGGCUGCAGGAUGACAGCCAGCUCUCAUCCAACCCCCUCAUGACUCCCGACAUUCUGGGCCUGUCUACCGCCUCUGUAAACACCUGUGUUAAAGCCACCUUCAAUGCCUUCAACAAGUGUAAGCGAGAGGGUUUUCGACUGCAGACUGUGGAUAAGGCACCUCUAGCCAAGCGCAGGAAAAUGAAAAAGACCAGCACGAGCACAGAGACGCGCAGCAGCUCCAGUGAGAGCACACACUCAUCUUCGUCUUCCUCCCAGUCUCAGGAGAAGACUCCUCUUCAGCUGUCUAUCAGCACACCCCUCACACUGGGCCCUGAUGAUGAUGAGCCCUCCCAGAGUGAGCCGCAGCCUGCUUUUAGCUUCUCCGAGUGAGCUGUUUCAUCCUCUGUCUCUCUCUCUCUGUGUACCUCUACGUUAGUCGGGUCUCCCUUUAGCACAGAUGCAGAGCAUGCAAGCAGGAGCGCCAGAGCCGAAAUCACCCGAGCCCUUCACUAGCAAUAGAUGUGUGGAGCAGGGUGGUACAGUAUGGGGUGUUUGAGGAAAAAGACCUGAUCCCUUUAUCAUCCAAUGAUUUCUAGACUGUACCAAACUUAACCACACUCCUGAUCCAAGUGACCAGGCAUCUGCAUCUGCUGUAUGUCACAUACACAUGCAAGCUGAGUGUCACUCAGAGAAGCAUGACAUCAUGCACUAACUGGAUCGAUUGCUCCAGUAACCGUGCCGUCUCACCGCUUUAGGCCAAACAAAAAAAACGGAAGAAAGGGAUAUUUUCUUUAUUAAAAAAAAAUAGUUUAUAUGAUAAGCUUUAUUGUUUAUAUGUUAAAUUAUUCUUAUGGCCCUAUGGUCAAGUGUGUUCUCUUUGGUGGAUGUCCUUGUAUCUUUUGUUGUGAAGUGUGUUGUCGCUGACUACUUUCGGUCAGAAGUCUGCGAUCCGGGACUUGUGUUUGAUUUUUGUGCAGGCUUCUUCCGAACUGAGAUUCAUGGUGAAGUAGCAUAGAUUUGUUUUGAGUGUAUUCAGACAAAUCUCAUAUAACAGAGUGUUCCAUGAUUAUUAUUUUAUGCAGAAAAUAUGUUAUAUUGGGAGUAAAAAGGACUAUUUUAUAUGUGAACAUUAGAGUUAAAUCUGUAUCAAAAAUUCUAUCACACAGUGCUAGGAAAAUGCGGUCAAACAAACAGAUUCCCUAAUUCCAGUAGUGAUUAGAUUUAUUCUGAGAGAGUUGUAUUUUAGUGAUAGAUUUUAUUUUGAGAGAGUUUAACUGAUAGCCAGGAUGAAGCAGGCAUUUAUACAAAAAGCUAGAUGCUCCACAUAUUUAAUUAAAGAACAGAAAGGUGGCCCUGCAUGUUUAUAAAGAUGUUGUUCAUGUCCUAAUUUCUACAUAAUAAAAGAUUAGCAGAGUAGAUUUCUAAGUAGUAAGCAGAACAAAAGGUAGCAGCAGGACUGUAGGUGUCAAGGUUAGGUGCAAUUGCCACAUAAUAUUAUGUCUUUGUAUGAAUGGUUAAACAUUUUCUGUACUUUCUGUGCUAGACGCUCAGUGGUAAAUUGAGCAACUAUGGCGUUUCCUAUUAAAAUAGACUUCAUUGUUGAAGGCACAUCUGCAUGCCAUGAGCUUAUAGUACUGUCCUUGUUAAAGCCUUGAUAUAAUAGCAUUCUCUGCUCUACUAUUGGAAGCACUACAAAGGCUUUCAACUGAUAAGGCACUAGACUCAACGUUGCAGUUGACCUGCUAUGCAAAAAUAGCCUACGCAUUUAUUUCUUUAGCAUGACUUGUGUGUUUAGCCCUUGUCUGAUAGGGACCAUUAUGCAUUAUAAACAAAUGAGCAAAAAAAAAAAGAA